CCCGCUGUAGUCAGGAAUGUUAUCGAUGCCCUCUCGUCGAUAAGUUCCGGAUCGCGCCGGUCGCAGUGUUCCGCAGCAGCCUGUUUUAUUUGUAUUUUUCGCUGCCUGCUCCAUUGUCUUAGGCGAGCCCGCUCGCUGUUGAAGCAGUCGACGCGAAGCCGAGCUCGGCGCCUGUUGUCCAGUGCUUCUUUUCCUCUUGACUGCGAGACGCGCGAAAAAUCUUUGCAAGAGCCGGCGUUCCUGAUCCAUGCUCCAUUGCCCCGUCUUCCAGGACGAAGCCAAUGAUUGCUGCGCUACGCUUUCUUCUAUGGCAUCUGGAGUACACGUAGACCAGGCCUUGGCCCAGAUCAAGCAGUGCAUUCAAGAGCUAUGUGAAGAGUUCAGGGCGAAUAACGAACCAGUAAACGACGACAGCACCACGUUGCACAAGUUCUGCUCUGAACUCGAACAGAUUCUGCAACAUGGCCAGACAGACAGGGCGCUCGUUCUCAACGUCUCCAAGGGCUACUGGGGCUACUUCUGCCGCUGCCUCCUCAGCGAAAAGAACUUGAAGGGCUACAGCGCGCUCAAGUACGCGAAGUCUCUAUCCGAGCUCAAGACUCACUUGGGAAGAGGACGUGCGGUGAUUCGCUACUGCCUCGUGCACCAGUGCCUCGCUGAUACGUUGCAGACAUGCACGGUCGAUGAGAAGUCGACAAGAGACCACUACCAUGCGUGGGCGCUCCUUCGGCAGCCCGAGACUCAGCAGUCGCUGUUGUCAUCCCUCUACGAUCUGAACGCCGUCCCCUUCGACCUUGCUCCCAGUGGCAAUGACCUGGACUCUUCCUGGCCACUGUUUGCGAGGAAAGUCUUUGGCGAGAGCUGGCCGACGUUGAGCCGGUGCUCUAGCAUUUCAAGCAUGUCCAGCGUGAAUAGCACGCACUCUCAGAUGGACUUGACGUGCUCGUCCUUGCCUGAUGAAGGGCGCAGCAUCGUACCAAGAUCCCCCAUUCUUCGAGCUAGCUCGCUCCUACAAUCUCCCUCCGUGGACGAAGACACGGAAGACGUCUCUCGGCGAUCCGAACUCUCGAGUCUGCCAACCGUGAGAACGCUGAAGAGCAGAUCUCUAUCUCCGAUUGUGUUCAGAAUAUCGUCUCCAGAAGCUUGUGGUGAAGUGUCUUCGCCAGUCCAGACGGCCGCCUCUACUUCGCAGACGGAGGGUUGUUUGCCUGAAAGACUCGCUGAAGAAGCGAGAGCUGCGUUGUGCUCCGAGAAACUAGAGAAGAUGGCCGAGGAAUGGCGCAUCAAGGAGGAGGCCUGGCUGGAGAAAGAAGCGGAGUUGCGUAAGGAGUUGGAAUCGCUGAGAGCCUCUCAGUCCGGUGAAACCGCGUGUGUUCAAAGUACCUGCAAAACAUGUGAUGAUCUGAGCGCGUCAGUGCAGCGUCUAAGCGGAGAGAAAGAUGAUCUGACCACUAAAAAUAAUUUCCUCGCGCGGAAGCUGAACGAGGUAUUGGAGAAGCUCGAAGAUUCCGAAGAAACCGUCAAAGACCUGAAGCGCUCCGAAGCGGACCUUCGGACGAGGACAGAGAAGCUCAGCUUCGUCAACGAGGGACUGAAAAAUCUCGUCGACGCGGUGAAAGACGAAGCAACGAUUCUUCGACAGCAAGUGAUCAUCAUGGACAAAGAGGUCAAGAGUAGCCACGAGUUGUUGGAGCAGAAGAAGAUGCAGUGUAAGUGUCUGGAAGACCAGCUGGUUAAGCUGCGCUCAAAAUGCUGCGAGAGCAUCAACGCUAGCGCCAUGAGGGACCGCGAAAUUGAAAGGCUUGCCAACCUAGUGCGCGUAGCUCGGAGAAAGCUCUUCUCCAAGUCGUCUCCCACGCAGCAGGCUGAUACUUCGCCCGAAGAGUCUCCCAAGCUUGCUUUGGAGAACAAUAUGUCCGAUGAAGCGCUGUUGAAGAUGUUGUCCUCCGAGGAAACGGAAGAUUCGCUCAUUCCAACCAAACAAGUGACGAGGACGGAGAACUCGAACUGUGAACUCUUCGAACACUGCCUGAGGUAUCUCGGUUCCGCCAUGUUACACCACGAGUCCCUGAUCGACAAGGCGAACGCCCGAGUUCGGGAUCUCAUUUCCACAAGCCACAGUAUUAACCUUCAGCUGCAUGUGAUGCAAGAAGUGCUCAGCAUGCAACAUCUAAAGGAGGACGGUGCUCCAGACGAAAAUGACAUUUCCCUGAGCAAGGAAGUCGCCGGACCUUCGGAAGAGUUGGUACCACCACGAAUAGAGGGUUGUGACUUCGUGACCUCUCUAUUCGAGACCAUGUGCAGGAAUCACUCCAAGAUGCAGUCUCUCAUGCAGUCCGAAUCUCAGCUCGAAAAAGAGCUCGCCGACUCCAGGGAGCUCAACAAGCUGUUGUCCAGCAAGGUGCACGAGCAAGAGCGCAAACUGUGCGGCUUCGUGCAAGAACUCGACCGCACCAAGACCCUUUUGGCGGGCAUGGAGGAUACGCACCACAAGCUUCAGACUGCCAAAGCUGUCAUGAGGUACGAGCUCCAGGAGAAGAAACACCUGCUUCACAACCUGCGGCAGCAGUUGGAGAGCACGCGGGAGAGCUGCGUCAAGGUGAUGCGCUCCAACGCAGAGUCCGAGAUCGAGUGGAAGAGCCUGCGCGAGGAGUUCCAAAGCCGGAAGAAGCAGGACAGCCAGGACAGCGGCGUCUCCGACAACGGCCAGAGCACGCGCGAGCAGACGCCCUCGAGCGGCGAGGAGUGCUCGGAGCGGGACGACCCGGAGUCGGUCGAGGACGACGACCGCUCCGACUCGCUCAACGUGGACGAGAUUCCCGAAGAAGGGGGAGCCCAGUGCAUUCCAGACACGGUGGCCGACAUCGAGUGCAAGUACCGCGCGCGCUCUCAGCGACUCGAGUACCUGGAGCAGCAGUGCCAGAUCCUGUACAACAGCCUGGUGCGAAGCAGCGAGCGCAGCAACAGCCUGCAGCGCCGGCUGCACAGCCUGCUGGAGGCCGGCGCCAGCGGCAGCAGCGGCAGCAGCAACGAGCCACCCGCGCAGGACAGCGCGUCCAGCAUUCCAGUGAACUCUGAGGAUUCUGAGUCACGCGAAGUUGUGGCCGAAGAGUGUGAUGUGCCGUGUGACGAUGUGCCGGAUGUGUCCGCCAUCUGCGGGGACGUGUGCGACGAUGGUGCUUUGCCCGAGAUCCGGAAGAGGACCCUGGGCACCAUAGUGCACAGGGUGAAGCUCGAGAGGUCCCAGAGCGAGGAGGUCAUCUCCAAACUGCGCGCUAAAAUUGCCAGGCUGGAGGAGUCCAACGAGAGAUUGCAACAGCAGGUGGCCAGCCUUGCUGAAGAAAAGGCGCAGAGGGAAAACGAAAUGAGGCAGAGAGCAAGCGGGAUGCUGCGGACGGAGCGCAGCCUGAAGAGCGUCCAGAUGCAGGAGAUCUCGCGCGAGCGGGGAGAGCUUUUGAUCAGGAACAAGGAACUCGAGGAGCAGCUCGAGCAGAAGGAUCUUCAGCUCACGCGGAUCGACGAGAGCCGCCGCGAGAGCGCCGAAAAGCAGCAGAUGCUCGAGAGGGAAGUCGGCUCGCUCACCGAGAGGCUCCAGGACCAGGAGGCCGCCAACAGCCACUUGUACAGGAAUUACGUGACACAACAGGCUAUCAUCCAGGAAAUGCGCGAGCGGCUGGAAGACCAAGAGCGCAUGAUCGGAGAGCUGGAACACUGUGUCGAGGACCUCAGGGAGGACCAAGUGACAGAGCAGACGAAGUUCGCGCAAGAGAUUGAAAGGCUUCAGCUGGUGAUGGCAUCUCGGGAAGAAGAGUGCUCCAUUCUCAGCGACGAACUAAAAAGACUUCGUGUGCAAGCCGAUGUUGACAAGGAGUACGGGGAUCAGCUGAAGCAGCAGCUGGACCAGAGCUACGCGCAAGUCACGUCUUUCGAAGAGCAACUAAGCCAGCUGAAGAUGGACACCGUGGAACUCAAGAAAAAGAUUGUCAAGCUGGUCAAAGAAAAGGACAUGCUCUGGAAGCAAAACGACAAUCUGCAGUUUCUGCAAAAGCUGCAGGCUACCGACAAGUGGAUGGACAACAACGAAACGGACUCCUGCCUGCAAUGUUCCUCUGCGUUCACGUUCACUUUGAGGAAGCACCACUGCAGGCUGUGUGGCCGAAUCUACUGCCACAACUGCUGUAGCAAUUGGCUCAUGACAACUGCAAGCAGUCGUCCUGCGAGGGUCUGCAAUGCCUGCGCAUUCCAGCACCAGCAGCUUGAACGGGCCGCCAGGAAUCCUUCUCUCUGCUCAAAUGCGUCCGCAGACAGCGAAGAUGAUGACAUCGGCGAGCUUGCCGUCAGCAGGAAGAAAGAGCCGUCGGAAACGGACACCGUCGACUCGCCAAACAGAAGCUCUUCCGACGAAGCCGUCUGCUGUUCGGCACCAGCCCAGGGAGCGCCGCCCCGAACCGAGGUUAUCAAGAUGACUCGAAACUGGUCCUUCCCUCGACUGCGAAGGCCCCAGUUCCUGCAGAGCAGCAGCAGCUUCACCGACAGCGGCAGCAGCUCGGCCAAGCAGGAGUUCGACAUCAUCAGCGACGAGGAGAUUGCGCGCUCGCUGCUCGCCUGCAGCCCGUACAACAGCUCGCCCAGGACGACGCAGGACCGCGCGCUGUUCCACGUGGGAUCAACGCGCACCCUGGACGAGAUCGCCCAGUGCGGUCCAGCGGGUCUCCGUGGUGAGGUGUGGGUGAACGCCGGCGGACGCUACAGCAUCCCCGUGCUGCUCCCGGUGACGGAGACGGCGCUCUUCUGGCAGUUCUAUUGCGAGCCCAAGAGCAUAUCGUUCGAGAUGCGGUACAAGCCUCUCCACAGUGACACCCAGUUGGAGAUGAUGGACGUCAUUCUGCCUUCGGUGCGCGUACAGGCCGACGUGCAGCCGUUCGAGGGCAGCCUCGUCGUGAAGAACGUGGGCGUCUACGUCCUCGUUUUCGACAACCAGCACUCCAAGUUCAUGGCCAAGAAGGUGUCCUACAAACUGCACCUGCACAAGCCAUGUGCUUCGGACAGUGAAAUGAGCAACGUGUAAAUACACCUCCAGACAAGUCUUGUGCGGACUGUUUCUUGUAUAGACAGACUCCCGUGCUAGCGGGAUGAUGUGCUUUAUUUAGACUUGUACAUUUUAUGUAUACGUUUUAGCGUGUUGUACUAUAUCUGCCAUGACCCGUAGGCUUGUGUAUCAUAGUGUUGUGCAUUUUCGUUAAGAGCAAAGUGUCCUUUAAGUUAUUUGAUGACUGAAUAUUACCUUAAAUGUCCAUUGUGUGUGCUGCUCUUUUAAGUCAAGCCUUGCUAAUUUAAAUGAAUUCUUUAUUUAAGGAUGUGGCAUUGUAAUAAAGGAUAUUUUCCUACUUGUC